CUCAUUCGUUAUGUAUUUAUUUCCAUACCGUACUUACAGUAACGAAUCAUUAUUUCCAUAGUAGAAUGAUAAUAGUGGGAUCAUGAUAGCUACGAGUUCGUACUACAACUUGCUUUGUGUUGUGAGGGGAUGUUUUUAACAGCUCUCAAAAUAGAGAAAAACACGAUCGUAAAGCAAAUCCAACACAACUUCCCAUGGUACGACUCGUUACACCCUUAUUUUCUGUCUUCUGAAAAGUGAAAAGGUUUCAAACAUGUCCAACGACGUCAUGUCAAGUGUAGAUGGAUGUCUUUUGUCAUCCAAUCUAAGCAUUGAAUCUCGUGGAAGUGACAUUCCUGAAUCCGUUCUAUCGGUGUCGGAGGCCGACGCUGAAGCUGAAGAAGACGAACCACUUCCCAAUAACAUGACUCGAUUGGAUCCCGAUGAAGCCUCGAAUGAAGGAUCAGACGCAGACGAAAGUAUAAAUGAAGAAAAGAAACCAUAUCCAAAAGCGCACUUUAAGAGUGACGCUUCUACGAGCUCAAAAUCAGAAAAGCUUGGGGAAUCGGAUCCUCCCGAUGUUCGCUUAGUAAAAAGAGACCGUGUUUCGACAAGCUCAGCCACAAACGAUGGUUGUUCUUCUCAAGAAUGCACGUCCUCUUCGUUGCCACAGGCGCAUUCCGCUUCUGAAAUUAAUUCCAACCAAAUCCCAUCCAUGCCGGGAGCCUUUGCAAUCGAAAAUCCACUGUUUGAAUCAUUGGAACGAAGAAGAUCGGCAUCUUUUGGUAGCUACAGCGAUUCCAUUGCAACGUAUGGACACAAUACUGAUGACAGAAUUGCUAUCUCGGAAGCAACACCACCACUACAGGAACAGAUGGAUCGUGACACGGAAGAGGGCAUGGUUGUGCGAGCCGUGCGCGUAGAGGAGCACGUAUUUGAGGCAAAACUUGUUGAUCAGAAUAGCACUGCGAACCCUCUAAAGAGAUUGAAGAAGUGUUGGUGGUUGAUAGCAAUUGCUGUUACAUUAAUAGUGGUGAUAACGCUUGCCAUACUUCUUACCAAGGAAUCAGAGGUAGACGAAACAAACGAGGUCAUAAAUGAGACGACGAUACAUUCGACGGAAAGUUCUCGAGUAAAAGAACUGCGUGCAAUCCUUGCUCCGCUGAAUGGAGACGGUGUCUUCGACAAAAAUAGUACUGAAUUCUCACCAGAUCGUUUGACUGCACUGAAUUGGCUCGUUACAGAUGAUUAUUUUUCAAGGUAUUCCUUCGAUGAAUUCAAGAUUCGCCAGCGCUAUAUUGUAACUUUGCUGUACUUUAGUACAAAUGGCCAGGAAUGGAUAAACCAGUUAUCCUUUCUUUCAGAUCGGGACGUGUGUGAUUGGUCCGCAGUAAAGACUGUCGAUCGUGGAAACCAAUUGGAAUCUUUCGUUAUCACUGGUGUCAUUUGCAACAAGUUGGGCCAAGUAGAAACGAUCAAGAUAGGUAAGUACCAGUCGUUGGUUUCGUCGUUUUGGAGGGAUCUACCCGGUUCUCGUUGAUUUGAAAUAUAUCCUUCUCACAACAGGUUGAAACAAUGAUAUUGCCGUGCGAACCAACUUGCAGAGGGGAACAAUUUAUCGGGCACGAUCCCCCCCGAAAUACGCCACUUCUCCGAUACCAUUAUGGAAAUUAGCCUCGGUGAGGGUAUGCUUUCGGGGACAAUCCCUUCCUCCUUUGAGGAGUUCAAGGCUCUUGAAAUAUUUGAUGUGAACAGCAACUGUUUGAGCGGUCCUAUUCCCAAUCUUUCCCGUAUUCCAUCUAUCCGACGUUUAUCGCUUGAAAACAAUUUACGACUCUGGGGGUCGCUAAAUGGAUUUUGCGAUCACAGCGAGUACAAUAACCCCCAAAUUGAUUUCAUAAGGUCAACGUGCGGCGGCUGUUCUGGAAAAGAGAAAUCCGCACUAAUAGAAUGCGACUGCUGCACUUGUUGCAACGAGGAGGAUUUGACUUGUUGCGACUCACAAGGAGUAUCUUCGACGACGUCCCAGUACGGGUACUCAUACUCCUCUCCGUUUGAGUGUCCCGCCUAGACACCAUUUCAUUCAAUCCUACCCACCCGUCACUUUGUAUUCUUUCGACAUGGAAGUAGUCUUUCAUUUGUUGGUGAGAUAGUCUUCCGAACAUCUUGAAAAAGAGACACCAGGAUAAACCUGUCGUUGCUGGACAACUCUUAAAUGAAAAGUAGACAAUCGAUUUCACCAUGGAUGGCGCCUUUUCGAUAGCCAUCACUUUCAUCGUCUACAAUAUGACCUUCCAAAGACGCAAAUCAACCCUCCAUAUCUUAUCGACUACUCCCCAGUUGCUGCUGGAAACUAUGUGAUAACAUUUGCCUGAGGUUGAGUUGAUGCAUCUUGAAUCUGGGACAUAAUGAUUCUUAAUAAAUUAGCAGAUGCGUGAUGUCAAUAGAAGUAGACUGAAGGU